UUUCCAGAAGCCUAUCCUUCUCCUUGGGACUCAACCCCCACCCCCCUCACCCACCUCCACCAUCACUACACACACCCCUCCAACCUGAAAAAUCAUCGCCUCGGUUUGCACGGCUUGCACUCUCCCGCGAAGUCGAGUUUUUUUUUUAAAUCGUGCUUGUGAUGGAAAGAAGAGAGGAGAUGGUGAUGCUGGCGGAGGGAAGUCAGCUUGGCAAGAGCGGCUCUAAUUUGUCGGGAGCCGUAGGGAGCCCGGUGCGAGAACCGCAGGGGAAGCAGGUCCACAGAAGCUGUCUGAGCCCCGGCGCUGCGCCCUACUCCCGGGACAGAGCGGAGGUGGUGAUGGAGGAGAGCGCACGGAGGAAUAUGUGCGCCGAUAUGAGGCCAGUUGGCACGUCUUCCUCCGGAGAAAGACACCGAAGUGAUCAUCCCCACAAAGACGGCAGCAGCUCUGACACCGAGUCGGACUUCUACGAGGAAAUUGAUGUCAGCUGCACGCCUGAAAGCAUGGACUACCCAACAGCUAAAGGUCGAAAUGGUGAUUCUCCGGGUCACCCGAGUGAGACUGGUGCUGACCCGUGUAACAUGGUCCCGGGUCCGGGCUCCUUGUCCUAUGCAGCGGAUCAGAUUCGCCGGUACCGGACAGCGUUCACCCGGGAGCAAAUCGCACGGCUGGAGAAGGAAUUUUACCGGGAGAACUACGUGUCUAGGCCGCGGAGAUGCGAACUGGCGGCCGCCUUAAAUCUACCUGAAACCACAAUCAAGGUGUGGUUUCAGAAUCGCAGGAUGAAAGACAAGCGCCAGCGUCUGGCCAUGACGUGGCCUCACCCCGCCGACCCGGCCUUCUAUACCUACAUGAUGAGCCACGCGGCAGCCACUGGGAACCUGCCCUACCCCUUUCCAUCCCACCUGCCGCUACCUUACUACUCCCAUCUUGGUGUCGGAGCUGGCGCGGCUCCGGCUGCCACCCCUUUCUCCAACCCCCUGCGCUCCCUUGACAGUUUCCGGAUGCUGUCUCACCCAUACCAGAGGCCGGACCUCCUGUGCGCCUUCAGACACCCCUCCCUGUACCCGGGUCCGACCCACGGCCUCGGUCCCGGAGGAAGCCCCUGCUCCUGUCUGGCCUGUCACUCAAGUCAAUCCAACGGUAUCUCAAGCAGGCCAUCGGGUUCGGACUUCGCUUGCUCCCCAACUAGCAGGACUGACGCUUUUGUCACUUUCACGCCUUCAGUGCUCAGCAAAUCCUCAUCUGUGACAAUAGACCAGAGGGAAGAAGUGCCUCUGACCAGAUAAAACCAAAACAACCCGCUUUUGUUCUAUAUAAGCCUUUAACAUAAGCUUGUUAACCUAACAUAUUAUCUGAUCAGGACUGAAACAGCAUGAAGAGAUAGUCUGUAAGCAGUGAAAGCCAGUUUAAACUUUGGGCAAGAUACUUAGCCAGAUCUUCAGCUGACA